AUGGCUUCUUCCCGUCUGUUCCUCCUUUGCCUCGCUGGACUGGUAUUUGUGUCUGAGGCUAGCCCUGUGGGCUCUGGUGAAUCCAAGUGUCCUCUGAUGGUCAAAGUCCUAGAUGUGGUCCAGGGCAUUCCUGCUGUGAACGUGGGGGUGAAAGUGUUCAAAAAGGCUGCUGACGAGAACUGGGAGCCGUUUGCCUCGGGUGAGAAAACCAGUGAAUUUGGGGAGCUCCAUGGGCUCACAACAGAUGAAAAACUUGUAGAAGGAAUAUACAAAGUAGAAUUAGACACCAAAUCCUACUAGAAGUCACUUGGCUUUUCCCCUUUCCAUGAAUAUGCAGAGGUGGUGUUCACAGCCAACGAGUCUGGCCACCGCCACUAUACCAUCAUGGCCCUGCUCAGCCCCUACACCUACUCCACCACGGCCCUCAUCAGCGGCCCCAAGGAGUGA